AUGGGUCAACGAAUGACUCGUCGACAAGUUGCUGAAGGCCUUGAAUUAUAUGCAGAAAAAGAUUAUGAUGCUGCUAUUAAAAAAUGGACAACAGCAUUACCAAAAAUGAAAGAUAGUCGAUUACGUUUUUCUACACUUGGUUAUUUAGCAUUAGCAUCACGUGAUCGUGGACGAAAUAAAGAUUAUCUUGUUCAUGCUGUACAACAAAUUGAUAUUGCUCAUGAACUUGAAGAUAAUGUACUUCGUGCUCAAGCGUAUUUAAAUCUAUCACGUGCAAAUGAAAUGCUUGCUGAUUAUUUUAAAGCAGUAAGCUAUUCACGUUCAGCUAUGCAAUAUUCACCAACAGGAGAUUCUAUACAAGGUUAUGCUUUACUUGUUUCGGCUGAUUCUUAUAUAGGCUUAUGUAAUUUUCCCAAAGUACUUGAAUGUCUUGAUAAAGCGUUAAGUAUCUCACAUGAAUGUGAAGAUUAUUUAAUGGAAGUUCAAGUACUUGGUACAACUGCUAAGGUAUUUCUUGCGUUAAAAGAUUUUCCAAAAGCACUUGCAUUUCAACGUCGUGCACAUGAAUUAGCUUUAUCUAAUGCAGCUUAUGCCAGUGAACAAAAUGCUGAUAAUAGUUCUAAAUUUGUACGUUUAACGAAAUUAAAAUUAGCAACAUCAUUAAGACUUAUGGGUGAUUAUCCAGGUGCAACUAAAUGUAUUGAGGACGCAAUGCGUGCUGCAUCUAGUAUUGGUGAUCGACCUGUUCAAGCUAAAUGUCUUGUAUGUGUUGGUGAUAUUCAACGUUCACAAAAUAAUAAUGAGGUUGCUUGUAAAAAAUAUGAAGCAGCUAUUCAAAUGUUACAAGAUAUGAAUGAUAGAUAUAGUUCUACGCUAGCCAUGCUUGGUCUUGUCAAAACUUUAUUAGCACUCGGAACACAUACACAAAUGGCAUCUGAAAUUCUUGCAACAGCAUUAUCAACUUCAAUAUCAAUGGGAAAUAAGUUAAUGCAAGCACGAUGUCAUUUGUUAAAUGAGCGUAUACUUAUUUCCGAAAAUCAAUUAGAAGAUGCACGACAUGCAUUUAAUAUAGCACAUCGUCUUUAUCAAGAUGCUGAUCUUUUAUGUAAAAUUUGUGAAAAACCAAUGGGUAUGCAACCAGAUCAAAUUCAAGCUUUAACAUGUGCACAUAUCUUUCAUGAAAAAUGUAUUCUAGAUAUAUUAGAAAAAUGGACUUAUCAAGCACAAUAUUGUCCAAAAUGCGGUAAAAGUGUUUUAUAUAGUGCAAGUUAUAUUGCAUUAUGUUGUUCCUGA